AUGGAGCCGUUCGACCCAACGGUGCCACUGCGGAAUGCGAGGCCAGCACCGCCCACAGCCGAGUCUCUAUCCUCCUCUUCUGCGGUAGCAGCGCAACCACCACAGUCUGCUCUGCCUGAGCAGCCUCCCGAACCGUCGCUGUCGCCCAAAAAGCUCGACAAUGUCAGUUCGGCAGCAAACCCGCUAUCCCCCGCAAAAAGGCGCAAUUCGCAAGAUCUCUCCAAGUUGUCGGAGAGCUCCGCCAUGUCGUCCUCGGCUGUGAUACAAAGCCAGUCAAGCUCUCCCAAAAGAUCAAAAACUGCUCAGGGCCCCGCCAAGGUGUUACCGCUAAGAUAUGAGCUAUGCGAUGUCGAGGAUAUGGUGGUCUUGAUCGCGAACAUGCUCUCCGAGCUCAUUGAGACCAACGACUCACUGGCGAUGAAGAGCGGCCAUCUCACGAGAUUUCACUCCAGAACGGCACCCGGCAUUUCCGUGGUCGACUAUCUACACCGACUCGCAAAACACGCCACCAUCACCCCUCCGCUACUGCUUUCGAUGGUAUACUACAUUGAUCGCCUGUGCGCAUUAUACCCAGAUUUCACCAUCAACACCCUGACGGUCCAUCGAUUCCUGAUUACAGCGGCAACAGUUGCCGGCAAGGGCCUGUCGGAUUCCUUCUGGAACAACUCGUUCUAUGCCCGCGUUGGAGGAGUCAAAGUGGCGGAGCUCAAGUUAUUGGAGCUGGAGUUCUUGUACCGAGUAGAUUGGAAGAUCAUUCCCAAUCCGGAGGUCCUGGUGGCGUACUACAAGGGACUGGUGGAGAGGUGUGACGGCUAUACCCUGGCAGAAGACGGACCUUCCAGCGAUGCGGGGAGCUCUGAGGACAUUGACGAAGACGACAGCGACGAUUUAGGACAGAGUGACGACAGUGACGGGAAAAUUCGAGCCAACGGGGCGUCCAGCUGA